GUCUGCUGCGCGUGUGAAUCUUUUACAAUCGCUUUCGUCUCUGUUGUGGAUCUGGCGUCGCGUGUGACGGUUGGGUCGUGUUGUGCUUCUUUCGUUUGAUAAAGUAAACGUGCAAGAAAUUAUUAUAUUCAUAUUAGGGUGGUCCGGGAACCGUACGGGCUGCUUCCUUGCCUUUUUGGCCGCCGAAUCUGGGCGAGCGUGGAGGCGUGGUGCGACUUGUUACUUGUGGUAAUUUAUCGUUAAAUUGCCGAAAAUGCCGUUCGGAAUGAAUCCAAGAUUUGUGAAUGUAAUUGGCCUAGGCUUUGGGUUCAUGUUCACUUUUACUGCAUUCCAAACAAUGGGAAUUAUUGAGCAAACGAUCCUGGACUCUGUGAAGGAGGAGGACUCCAGCUUCACCGGCGAUGGCUUCACGUCGCUCGCCAUCGUGUAUGCGGUGUUCUCGCUCUCCAACUGGUUCGUACCGAGCGUCAUCGCCGUCAUCGGACCCAACGUCAGCAUGGUCAUCGGCGGCGUCUUCUACGCCCACUUCAUCGUGUCGUUCCUAUGGCCGUCGAACGCGUGGCUGUACAUUGCGUCCGUCCUGGUGGGUCUGGGCGCCGCAGUCAUCUGGACCGGACAGGGAAACUACCUGACCAUCAUGUCCGAGCCGGAGAACAUGUCCAGGAACUCGGGCAUCUUCUGGGCGCAGCUCCAGUGCAGUCUGCUGUUCGGGAACCUGUUCGUGUACUUCAUGUUCCGCGACGACACGACCAUCCCAAAGGACACGCGAACAGUGGUGCUGAUAGUUCUGGCAGUCGUCUGCGGAGUCGGUGUGCUGAUCCUUGCACUGCUCAACUGCGCGCCAAAGUACGGUUUCGACGAGUCUGGCCACCGACGUGAGACGCCCGCCUCGAACGAGGUGCCGGUGACGCCGAUGGGUGCUCUGAAGGGCGCCUUCGACCUCUUCCUGACACCCCAGAUGCUGCUGCUCUCGGUCACAUUCUUCUACACAGGAAUCGAGCUCUCCUUCUUCAGUGGCGUAUACAGCACCUGUGUGGGCAACACUCUACGUCUGCCCAACAGCAAGGGUCUGGUCGGCAUGUCGGGAAUGAUCACCGGAGUCGGAGAGAUCAUUGGUGGCGGCACAUUCGGUAUUGCCGGCAAGGCGACCACCCGGCACGGCCGCGAUCCCGUCGUGAUGCUGGGCUUCCUCUGUCACGUGCUGGCCUUCUUUCUGGUAUUCCUGAACCUGCCGAACGACGCAGUGUUCGGCAACACAGACGCCGCCGCCUUCAUCGACAGCAACGAGUACCUGGCGCUCUUCUGCAGCUUCAUGCUCGGCUUCGGUGACGCGUGCUUCAACACUCAGGUGUACUCCAUCAUUGGAGAUCUGUACAGGAAUCAGAGCUCGGCCGGAUUCGCGCUGUUCAAGUUUAUGCAGUCGCUGUCUGCCGCCAUCUGUUUCUUCUACUCGAACCACAUCCCGCUCUACUACCAGCUGCUGAUCCUGGUCAUAUUCGCUGUGCUCGGCACGGUGGCCUUCUGGCGGGUGGAGCUCGGCCUGCGCCGCAGCGCUGCCUCCGUCGAGAUUACCCCGCGGAACGACACUAGCUGUGCGGCUCCUGUGGAGAACGGCGAUGCGGAGAAGAAGGCCUCUGAAUAACGCUGGUACUGACAGCAUAGCGCCAUCACAGCCGGAGAGAGAGAUGACAGCUUGUGACAGCAGCCUGGUGUGACAGCUGGCGGGGACAGGUGACGUCACAGGUGAUGACUGGCCCGCUGCUUCCCUCGACCUGACCGGUCGAUACGGGACCGACGGAGAUGUGCUACGUCUGUCUACAGUAACGUCAUUAUCUUCAGACGUCGUGGGACCACCAAAUGUGGGGACAUCCAGUUGCCAAAUCACCACAUAUGAACGGCUCAACGACUCUCAUAUCCAUAGGGACUUUUCAUAGGGCGCCUUGGUCUUAAAACAUGAGAAUUUGUGACGUUAGAAGCUGGUGCGAAACGAACAUCUUUCCCGCGGUAGUUUUUAGCUAUUUCAUAGCAAUUUUUAUCUGUUACCUAUGGUUUCUUCUGUCCAGUUUGAGUUAUUGGCUCCAUGGCUGCUCUAAAAAUGUUUUUUUGUGUCGGAAUUGUUAAAGCAGUUACCGGAAAUCAGUUUAUUCCAUGGAUAUAUCUUAGCUUCUUUUUUACGGAAUUUUCAUAUUUUAUCAGAUACUUUCCGUAUGAUUCAAAUGCUGCAUUUGUAUAAACGUCUUCGUUUACAAGUGAAAAGCAUCUUUCAUUCCAAAUGGAAUGUUGCUUUAUCUAGCCGUGAUGGAUGUCGAAUGGUUCUUGAGCUUUAUGAAGUGGGUCAAACGAAGGUUACCAACCUUGCAGGGGUUAUAUAUUGUGUAUUGCAUCUAUGAUUGUAAUUCUUUUUCAUCUUCGUAAUCAUAAAAUGUACAAAUCAUGUAUAUAUGUACAUUCCAUCAAGAUAUUCCGAACACGCAUAUUUGUCAAGUUUUGUCAAUUUAAUGCUCUUUAGCGUAACCGAUAUUCGCACCAUUUUUAUCAAUUAGGUUGUUCUUUUUAUCAAUAAUUUUGGCGGCACUGCUCGGCAGCUUGAGAAGUCAGGAUAGCUUACUAUAUGGUUGAGCCCCGGAUCUUAAAUUGGAUUGGCGCAGAACCGUGUCUCUCCGCUGCCUGGCCUUUGAUUGUUUAGUUGCCGAUUCAUGCACCACGCUGGUCGUGAUUUAUAUCAUUCGAGCUAUAAUCCCAAGCAAUACCGGGUUGGUAGUGUGCCGAUGGAAAUAGCUUUGUAGGAUGGUGUGGAUGUGAGUCAGUGUAUGAGUUUUUGUAUAUGUGCUACAUAAAGGUAAAAGAACAUUUAUCGUACGUAAAGCGUGAGAUUUCGCUCUCCUGUAUUUCAACCUUUAUCUUCUUGUACCCCUUUUGCAUCUGGUGCGGUGUUGUUGAUUUAAUCCCAUGUAUUCGGUAGGGAUGCAAUCCUAUCCUCGACCCUGGCUGCAAAAAAAAAAAAAUUAUCAUGCCGUGCUUCUGCGAGGGUCACGAUUCUAAUCAAUCAUUUUACUUUCUGAAUUUUUCUUUUAGAGGUGUUUUUGCUCCUUUUACGUACAGUGUAUGUAUUGUACAUGGACCCUUUUUGUCUUGAGAAUGCUGUGAUCAUUGUUUCAUAUAUUAGCUAUGUCCCGAAAUGUCGCUAGAUUUUGAGGCCUCCACCUUCAUUUAAGGAGUUUGUGUCUGCUCUUUGCUAAUCUGUUUCGUGUAAAUGAAAGGCAUGUUUUUCGUUGGUGGGACGUUUGAAGAUUGAAUCACCCAACACUAUCAAUAAGUUUUAGAAGUUCGCUUUAAUUUCAUUGAAGAAGCCUACUGCUUUAUCGCUAUGCAUUAUCACCGGAAACAGCUGUUACAUACGUGUGUAUAAUGUAUAGUAUAUGUCAAGAUCAAAGGUUUCAUGGUGGAUAUUCGAUUUAGAACAAAGCUCAAAAUCGUGAUGAUGGUGUUGUUUCUAAUUCAACUGUGGUGGUGUUUUAUCGUUCACUGAUUGAUCUUCCAUAGAGCCGUGUGCGGUAUAGUACAGUUGGUCCAGCUCAAAUCGGCUCAUGUAGCCAUGCAUUCCGACUGACAACGUUUUGACACCCGAUCUUACACCCAGAGUUACUCUUAUGCACCCAGUGGAUGUGUCUUAUCUUAUCUGGUGUUAAAUGUCUCCCUAUUUCUUCUUAUCUAUGUAUGACUCCUUGCUCAAUAACUGCAUGUUUAUUAGCGAGCUCUUGUAUUUCUUAGUCUGGGUGCAAGCCACUGUUUAUCAUUAUAACCGGGGCCCGUGCCAAAUCGCGUCUUCGCGUACCUGUUGUCAAUCGGACAUUUUACGUACAGUAGAAACUAACGUUCGUUACUCGUCAGAUUAUUGGUGACCGAUAUUGUGUCAAAUGUCCCCGUUUUGACAUCCCAAAUAUACUUCAUCGAUAAUGGUA